UUCCACUGCUUGUUGAUGGGCGCUGAUUGGCUGACGUGGACGAGCGCAGCGCCCAGCUACGUUAAAUGGUUUUCCCCUGUACCAUACAAAGGUAAUGCAUACUCAUCCCCCGGUCAGUUAAGUUCACGGUCGGGGCGGACGCACACUGUCAUGGAGCAGAAUCACAAACAAGACGGGCAGAGCGACGUGUUCGCCGGCUUCAAAACGGCCUUUAAGUCGUUCGCCACAGAGGCGAUUCACGUCGGCCAGGAGCCGGAGCAGUGGAAGUCAAUGGCUGUGGUGCCGCCGAUUUCUCUGUCCACCACGUUCAAGCAGCACGCACCAGGAAACCACUCCGGGUUUGAAUACAGCCGGAGUGGGAACCCCACAAGAAACUGUCUUGAGAAGGCUGUGGCUGCUUUGGAUGGAGCAAAGUAUUGCCUCGCUCUCGCCUCUGGGCUGGCAGCUACAGUGACCAUCACUCACAUGCUGAAGGCCGGCGAUGGAAUCGUCUGCAUGGAUGAUGUUUAUGGAGGCACAAACCGCUACUUCCAAAAGAUUGCCAGAGAGCUUGGCCUGGAGGUGUCUUUUGCUGACUGUACAAAACUGGAGGAGCUGAAGGCCGCUUUGAAGGCCAACACUAAACUGGUGUGGAUCGAGACCCCCACCAACCCCACUAUGAAGGUCGUCGACAUCAGGGCCUGCUCUGAGUUGGUCCACGAACAGAACAAAGACAUCGUGGUGGUCGUAGACAAUACCUUCAUGUCUGCCUAUUUCCAGCGCCCCCUGUCGUUGGGAGCCGAUAUCUGCAUGUAUUCAGCCACCAAAUACAUGAACGGUCACAGUGAUGUGGUGAUGGGUCUGGUCUCUGUCAACCGGGAAGAUCUGUACGAGCGACUGAAGUUUCUGCAAAAUGCCCUGGGCGGUGUACCCUCCCCCUUUGACUGCUACCUCUGCAACCGCGGCCUGAAGACGCUACACCUUAGGAUGGAGCGACACUUCAAAAACGGCAUGGCUGCUGCAAAGUUUCUGGAGGCUGAUCCGAGAGUGGAGCGAGUCAUCUUCCCAGGCUUGCCCUCUCACCCUCAGCAUGAGGUGAUGAAGAGACAGUGCACUGGAUGUCCGGGGAUGAUCACCUUCUACAUCAAGGGGAAACUCGAGCAUGCCACCGCCUUCCUCAGUAACCUCAAAAUUUUUGCAGUAGCUGAGAGUCUCGGUGGUUAUGAAAGUUUAGCAGAACAUCCGGCGAUUAUGACUCAUGCAUCAGUGCCAGAGAAAGAGAGGAGCGUCCUGGGGAUCAGCGACACACUGAUCCGACUCUCUGUGGGACUGGAGGACGAGGCCGACAUCAUUGAGGACCUGGGGCAGGCGCUGGAUGCUGCUCAUCCAAAGAAGUGAAGUGUCCUCAGGAGCGUCCUCGAGGCAGAUGAGGACCCGGAGGUACCCGAAGCCUUAAAUCAUCGCGGAUCAACAUACCUCUGUUCAGUGCACAAACAGAAGAGAUUCACCUAUCAGGGAACAACUUAAAGAAAAAAACAUGCUUUCUAUGAAUCACUCUCAUGCCUAUUUUGCUAUAACAUCAGUUGUAAUCUUAUUUAUCUUUUGCCGGUUUUGCUUUGUUUAUAUGUUUGUACGUGUUUUUGUUUUAAUUCAGACUUUAUUCAGUCAAGGCUGAUAUGAACUGUUUGAGCUUCUGGAAGAAAAACACCAAACAUUUUCUGUAUAAUCUUGCUAAAAAAACAAAAAAAAAACCCUGUGCACUUCAGGCCGCAUUCUAGUUUUGAUGCACAAAACGGUCUCCAAAUGGAAAGUUUUAUAUCACUGCCCCUUUAGUACAUCUGCAGCUAUAAGCUCCUAAUUCUAACUCAUAUAGUAUGUAUUAAUACAUUCUAAUCACUCUAACAGACUCAUACAGAGAAAAGCUAAUGCUGCCACCUGCUGUCCAAAAAAUCAGCCAUAUUUCCUCCUCACUGCCAUCUACUGCUUUGCCAUUUAAAUCAUUUUUAUAUUAAGAAUGUCUCGCUUCAAAAAUGAUGACUAGUAAUGGUUAGACAUGGCAAAUAAACCCAAGAAAAAACUGUUUUGUUUGGCUCAAACUUGAUAUCAUGCUUCAAUAAAUGUGAAGAAGAGGGGAGGAUUCAUUUUCCUCACAGUAAUCAGGAUAUGUGCCAGUAACCGGGCAAGUGUUUGGGACUCAUGCCUUAUUUGGAGCAGCAUUCCCCAGCAACGUUCAAGUUUUUUUCUUUUUAUAUAUUAACAACGUACUCAUGGACAAACUCAGAAUAACAUUUGAUGUGUGGUCUUGAACUAGAGUCAAAGAAUUUGGGUCGAUGACAAAAGCAAAACGUCUCCCAGGGAAGCAUUGUUUUAUUUUACUGUGUUUCACUCAGGCACUCCCCUUUUCCUCCUCCUCCUCCUCCUGUAGUCACACAUCACAUCGCUGCUCGAGCACACUCUUCAUUUGGGAAAGACCACUCAAGAUCAAUGUCAUUUAUGUAACCGACAAAUCCAUUAAAAUCAGUUUGCAGUAUAA